UUUGUAAAGGUAGAAAAGGGUAGUUAAAUUAAGCGAUAAAACCUUUUGAUUAUGAAUAGAUGAGCAAUUGAAGGCAGCACUUUGCAUUUAACUUACUUAAUUUUACCCCUCGUGCUGAGUUUUUUUUAUGCACCUUAACCUUUAUGUGAAAUGUUUAAGGGGGUUUGGCUGAUGGAAACUAUUAUUACUGUUUUUGUUAUAAUUAAUAACACAUUCCCAGGAGGGCACCUGUGGCUAGUUCCCUGCUGAAAAGACGUCGCGAAGGAAUUUUAUUUUAUUUUAGUUCGUGGAGUGAAAUCGUAAAUCCGCAGCGGACAUGACGUUAAUACUUUCGGUUUCACCGACACGGCAUGGAAGUCCGCUCACGAAGCGCAAGAGUGGAGCUGCAAACCUCAUCUGCCUACAAGAGCCACAAGUGACCUGAAUUCUCACUUUCAUUUUGGAUGAAACGUCUCGGACUUUACGUUUCAUGACGCCCAGAGAGGUGAGAGCUCCCGGACACUGUGAAGCACAUGACGGGUGUUUACCUCUGCCAGAUGUUUUAGCAGCUGACAGGGUAGCUGAAAAACUUCAGAUUUACUUCCGAGGAGGUGCUGGAGGUGGUGUUACCCCUGUUGUCAGCUGGAUCAGGCCUUCAUCAGGAUGGAUUUCCCAGUAGAGGCAACGGUACAUCUGAAUAUUUUUCGAGAUGAGACAGAGGUGCGAGAAAUCCUCCGGUCACAUGGGUUCGGGGUGACAGAUCUGAGCGGAAAUCGGGUGCGUGUCAAGGGUUCGUUUUUGAAGCUCAAAGCUGUGAAGGCCCGUUUGGAGCAACUUCUCAACUCACAGAGCCAGACCAAGACAAGGCCGUACUCAUCCCCACCAGUCCAAACAGUUUCCUCUGGAGCCGUUCCCAAAUACUACACCAACAACAGCUCUGUGUCAGAUGGUAAGAGAGACAAGGAGACAAGACAGAGAUCCGGAGACAAGCCUCUGCAUGCUUCUCCAUCCUCGCCCUACACCUCUGCAUCAUUGGUGGCAAACACUUCCCACAAUCAUCCAAACUCUCCAGAGUCCAGAGCCUUUUUUUCUCCAAGAGCAGACCAGCAUGCUCCGUUCAGGCAUGGAAGCGAGUCCUUCGUCGUCGAUGCAGAUGUGUUCAGGUACGCAGAGCGGCUCAGGAAAAAAGACAUCGACAUCAUCCUGGAGAACCAUAAUGUUAAAAUAGAAGUGUAUGAAUUUGGCGAUAGCGCCAGCAUCACUUUGCUGGGGAAGAGUGCAAGGAUAGCCAUCAGUAAACUACAGAGCCUCAUGAACGAUCUCAGCCAAUCGCUAUGCACACAGGAGGUUCCUUGGAAGGACAUGGAUCAUGAAGGCGAGGCUCUUUUAGAGAGAAUUCGAAAAGACAACGUUUACAAUUCAGUGCUCGUGUGUGAGAUGAAGGACAGACUCCACCUCGUAGGACCGUCUGAAAAGAGCUACGAGUUAAAGCAGCAGCUGUUGGGGAGGCCGCAUGACCAGCCACAACGCACAGGGAGGACAUUCAAGAAAGACCCCAGGACGAGGAGCAGCUCCCGGCCACCGGUCGACCGAAAGAACACUGAAAGAGACAGUGGUGCCAUCGCUAAUCCAUCCCCUGUUGGAGAUUCAGGUUAUGUUCCAUCAAAGUACCAGGAUAAUAAACAGGAAUGGGCCAAGCCCGAGCGGGGAGCUGGAGCUCGGCUUGGUCAAAGCGGAGCUUUACCAAGAAGCAACUCUGAGUCCCGUGAAAAACAGCGAGCAGACAGGGGUAGUGUGCAGGAGACGGGAAACAAUCGCAAGCUUCCUGAAACGAAACAAGGCCUCAAGCAAUUACUAUUUGUUAGUCCAAAAGAUAUAAAACAGAAGACAAAAGGUUUGAGAAGAUGAAGAAUGAGCUGGUCUCACUAGCCCCAGUUUCCGGUCUUGGUGCUGAGCUAAUCCCUAGCGCCUGCUGGUUCUAGCUUCAUAUUAUCGUUCACACAUGAGAGUGGUAUCAAGAAAAGCAAAUAAGGGAAUUUACAUAAUUUCAAACUCUUUCUUUAAAAAGAUUAUAUAACAAUAUAGCAGCACUUUUUUUCCCCACACUCAAACGCAUUAUAUAAUUGAAUUGUUUUUGAUAAGAAUCCCUUAAAUUUUUAAUUCAAGAAUUGUGACCACGAUACACUCAGUACGCUCAGUACAUAUAUACUCAGUUGUCAGUUUAUUAGGAACAGCUAAAACUCAUGCAGUCUAGUACAACAGUCCCGACUGUAUUACAUUAUACGGAGAGCUGUUUCUGUCAUUCACUCUACCCCCACUGAUAAAAAUGGGUUGGAUGAAGUAACACAAACUCCCGUCACUACAACGCAAUACAGUUCAACAGCGCCAUAAGCUGCGUCCUCCACAGUGACCAUCAAGUUGUAUCAACGCCCCUUUAAAUCAGUUUAAAAAAAAACAGCUUCAUUAUAACCUUCAUGGGGGAGGAUUUGUCGCAGGGCUGUCGAAUCAGCCUGCAUUAGUUAUCUGGGUGUACCUAAUAAACUGGCAACUGAGUUUAUGUACUAAGCAGAACAUUUUACAGUUGAACAACAAACUUGUCAGCGCUCUCUGGUGGACAAACGAGGUUAUGGUGACACUGCCUAAAUGCCGUCAGACUAUAGGAUCCUCCCGACAAAUUUUCGCAUUUGCGAAGCUUUAACAGAAGAAUGUUUUGAUUUUUUACUUAAAAUAUGACUUGAAUGAUUAAUCAAUUUUCAAAAUAGUUGAAAUAAUUUUCUGUCAGUUGACUAAUCGCUGCAGCUCUAGACACUAUUAUUAAAUUGUUGUUCUUUCUGGUCACAAUUGCUUGUUAAUUGGCAUUAUGCUGCUGCUGUACUUAUUUCGGGUUGAUCGCGUUUUGGAUCGGACCUAGUUAUCCUCUGGUCCAGAUCUGGAUCAACUAUCUCUUUGUUGAAAAUUAAUUUAUGCAAGUCGGGUUCGUUCUGAAAUCCAAAAUGUUGGAUGCGUGAAGACCUCAAUCUCAAACAUAUAGUUGACAUUUCUGUACUAAAGUUUUUCGAUACUUAUCGGUCGGUAUAGACACCGAUAUAUAGUACCUGUGAUGAGCUAUAAUGCAAAAUAGCCAUGUUUUAAUCACCUCUUUUAAAUAAUUAUUGUUAUGUUAAAUUAGAAUUGGUCAGUCAGAUUGAUGAAGGUUCUACUGAUCUGACUCUACUGAUGUUAAAAAUGCUAUUAUACUCGUACAAUAAUGAUGUGUACAUAAUGUGACUAUGACACAAAGCACUAUUUUUAUAGGGUUAGUAUGAGGACAGUCAGUUCUUGACACAUCUCUCACACAGUUGUGUUUUAUCAUUGCUAGUUGGUUGCUCUGUUGGGGAUCUGACAAAUGAAUCUGCAUCUGUGCACCGGAUAAGGGCAUGAGCUGAAUGGCUAACAUGUAAAUUAUGUAAACGGGCAAACAGAGGAGCCAGUGUGGCAAUUAAUUACACAAAUAACCAUUUAAAAACACUAACAAUUAUAAUAAA